UGCGCGUUCCCGCCUCCCUCCAUCUCCUCCUCCCUUUUCGUUCUGCGGAGCAAGGAGACAGCGAACACCGGGCAGCACCGUUAGGACUGCACGGCCAGGUUCACCUCGUGGCAGGAUGGCUGAUCAUUACCAGGACUAUGAUUCGGUGGGAGACCACACCGCAGACGGGUCAGCUCAGCAGAUCUACACGGGAGGCGCCGGUGUUCACGUUCUGGAGAGCAGUCAAGAGAGCGUUAUACGACUUCCUAGCGCAGCACAUGGAGAUGAUGCGGCCUCGGUGCAGGAGGAACUAGCGAAUGGGGAAGCAGUGAGAAGCCAGGUCCGUGCACAGAUCCCUGAAGGAACGACUGAGGAGAUUGCACUUCUAGCAACCGCAGGACAGGAACGUGAGCCGGACACAAUGGCGGCAGCUGUGAAAGUAACGGCACACGCUGAGGAUUAUGGGAUUACAGAAGAAGCCGACGGGGAGUCUCAAGCAGACAAGGCGGCUAUAAGCAGUGGUGUGGUUGAAUCAGCUCUAGAGGAAGACUAUUAUAAAGAAUCAAAUGGCAAGGACGUGAAUCUAGAAAUCUGUGAAGAGGACACAGAAGGGUGGGAAGAGCAAGUCGAUGAAGGCUGUGAGAUGAGGCAGGAUGAUGAGGAUGAAGAGGAGUUGUCUCCGGUAGAACAGCCUCAGACUAACGGCACUGGGACUGAUCCGAUAUUCCUGGAAGAUAAUAAACACGAGCAGAAGGAAAUUGAGGAGCCAUAUGUGGACAUACCGGCCAGUUCUUUCUCCGUGGGUCAGACACGCCCACGAGCUUCAGUGUCCGUCUACCAAGUGGAGAUCGAUGCCAACAUACCUAUCAACGGCAAAGAGGCGGAGAGCGAAGAUGUAGGAAUUGCUGAUACCACCGAGGAAAAGCUGAAGUCCCCUCGCAAGCGAGUGCCAGCGCACGGAUCAGGAAUACCAGUCAGUCGGGUGCCAGUUCCUAAAGCACAUGAGCAGGAGAAACACGAGACCGACUCGCAGGAAAAAGGAGCGCAGAUUUCCACCAAACACCCCCCAGCCAAACAUCCCAGCAGGCUACACACUGUUCCCCACAAGUCACCCUCCUCUAGCACCUUAAAAAGUCCCUCCAGUCCAGCCGCCUCCUCUGUACGGAGCAGCCAGAGAACAUCACUCGGUACAGUUGGCCAGUUGGGCAUUACCACAAGGCUGCACAGAGCCAAGGAGGAUGGAGGUCCAGAAAGUGCUACAGCCAAGCUCACUGCUUCAAGGAACACACCCACCGCCUCCAGAAUCCCAGCAAAGACUUCAUCCAUCCCCAAGACCCCCCCUAGUACCGUCAGAAGGGAUCAGAGAAAGCCACCGUCCAGUAUGGGAAAACCAGACAGAGAAUCCAAAUCUGGCGAGAGGAGUGGGUACAGCAGUCCUGGAUCACCCGGCACUCCAACUGGACGCUCUUCUUCACAGACACCCACAAACCGAGAGCCCAAAAAGAUUGCCGUCAUUCGCACCCCUCCCAAAUCCCCAGCGUCUGCCAAGAGCCGCCUUCAGCCAGUCACUAGCCCAGCAGCAAUGCCUGACCUGAAGAACGUGCGCUCAAAGAUCGGCUCCACGGAUAACAUUCGGCAUCAGCCAGGAGGCGGCAAGGUGCAGAUAGUUCACAAGAAGGUGGAUUUGGGCAACGUGCAGUCCAAGUGUGGCUCAAAGGACAACCUGAAACAUGUCCCAGGAGGAGGAGCAAUACAGAUCACUCACAAGCCCAUCGAUCUGACCCGUGUCACUUCCAAGUGCGGAUCUUUUGUCAACAUCCACCACAAACCAGGGGGAGGCAACGUGGAAUUAAAAUCAGAGAAACUGGAGUUUGACAAGAUUCAGUCAAAGAUCGGAUCCCUGGACAAUGUAACUCAUGUACCCGGAGGGGGCGCGAAAAAGAGAGAGGAAGGGAACGGAGAGCAGACAGGGGACACCCCUUCCCCUCCUAAUUGCCUGUUACACGGCCCUCUUGCCCCCUUGACUGAAGAAACAGAGGUGCCACACUUGGUAGCCCAGGAGGACGAUUGAGUCGCACAAGUUGAGUUUCCGGGAGAACGCCAAAGCCAAGACGGACCACGGAGCGGAAAUCGUGUACAAGUCCCCCGGCCACUCCGGGGAAACCUCCCCCCGCCGACUCAGCAACGUCUCCUCUUCCGGCAGCAUCAACAUGAGCAACUCCCCGCAACUCUCCACCCUGGCCGACCAAGUCUCCGCCUCCCUCGCCAAACAGGGCUUGUGAAUCGCUUCCCCAACCGGGGAGGGAGGAGAGAUGGAGGUGGGGGGGGGAUUGAAACUAGAUAAAAAGGGGGGAAAAACCCAAAAUAUGUUAUACAAUAGAAAAAAAAACUAAAAAAUUAUACAAUAGAAAAAAAAAACCACAACAAUUUUGAUAAUGAAAUUCUCCUCUCGCUUGCUUAUUUAUUAACCCCCCUGACCCCCAUGUAUAGAUGGGCCUCUCCGACUGGCACGUGGGCUCACACUAGUCUCAUGGCUACAGAGGCAAAUGAUACAUUGGGGCUCAUUUAUAAACACUGGGCAGUAACCCUUAGCAACCAAUCAGUGAUUAGUUUUUUUUCAGUUGAUCCCUGAAAGCAAUCGGAUUGGUUUUCUGAACAGGAUAAUAAGCCCCAGUUUUCUAAACAGGAUAUUGAACCCCAGUUUUCUGAACAGGGUAUUGAACCCCAGUUUUCUGAACGGGAUAUUGGACCCCAGUUUUCUGAACAGGGUAUUGAACCCCAGUUUUCUGAACGGGAUAUUGAACCCCAGUUUUCUGAACGGGAUAUUGAACCCCAGUUUUCUAAACAGGAUAAUGAGCCCCAGUUUUCUGAACAGGAUAUUGAACCCCAGUUUUCUGAACAGGAUAACGAGCCCCAGUUAUCUCAACAGGAUAACGAACCCCAGUUAUCUCAACAGAAUAACGAACCCCAGUUAUCUGAACAGGAUUAGGAACCCCAGUUUUCUGAAUAGGCUAACGAGCCCCAGUUUUUUGAACAGGAUAACGAACCCCAGUUAUCUGAACAGGAUAACGAACCCCAGUUUUCUGAACAGGAUAACGAACCCCAGUUUUCUGAACGAGAUAAUGAACCCCAGUUUUCUGAACAAGAUAAUGAACCCCAGUUUUCUGAACGAGAUAAUGAACCCCAGUUUUCUGAACGAGAUAAUGAACCCCAGUUUUCUGAACAGGAUGAGCCGCAGUUUUCUGAACAGGAUAAGGAACCCCAGAAAGAAUGGAAACCCCUCUCUACCCUGCACUCUUCCUUUAUUGAGUGGGAGAGAGAGGGGGGACGGUUACCCCUCUGCCAGUAUUGGGGGGCACAUCUAGGCGCAUGGUAUAAAUAAACCCCUCUGCACGUCUUCUCCCCCCCCAUAAAAGCCGACUCCCCACCCCAACGUCCCACUCACUCUCUGAACUUUGUGUGAAUUUCAACAUAAAUUAAGGAAAUGGCCGUGGCUGCUUCUUUUAUUUGCCAAUGUUUCCCGGCCCCCCAUUAACUUUUUAUUUCAGUAUUACCUCCCCCCCCUUCCAUUGCUGCCAUUGAUACUCAGAUCCCCUAAUCGACCCCCCUAGGAUAUAUUCUCCCCCUUCCCUCUGCCUUGUGUCUGUGACUGUCCAUAUUCUGUGUCGUGUCUGAGCAGCUGCUUCACACGGUCUGUUGUUCAAGUGGAUUUGGAAAUAAAUUAAUUAAUACAAACGA